GCCCAGCAGUUCUCAGCCGAGCCGCCGCCGCCGCCGCCAUUGCCCGCUCGCUCUGAGCGCCGCUCCGCUCGCCCAGCCGGGCCUCCGCCGGCCGCCCGCACCAUGGGCCAGUGCGGCAUCACCUCCUCCAAGACCGUGCUGGUCUUCCUCAACCUCAUCUUCUGGGGGGCAGCGGGCAUUCUCUGCUACGUGGGGGCCUAUGUCUUCAUCACUUACGACGACUAUGACCACUUCUUUGAGGAUGUGUACACGCUCUUCCCUGCUGUGGUGAUCAUAGCUGUAGGAGCCCUGCUCUUCAUCAUUGGCCUCAUCGGCUGCUGUGCCACUAUCCGGGAGAGUCGCUGUGGACUCGCCACGUUUGUCUUCAUCCUGCUCUUGGUUUUUGUCACAGAAGUUGUUGUUGUGGUUUUGGGAUACGUGUACAGAGCAAAGGUGGAGAAUGAGGUUGAUCGAAGCAUUCAGAAAGUGUAUAAGACCUACAAUGGGACCAACCCUGACGCUGCCAGCCGUGCUAUCGACUAUGUACAGAGACAGCUGCACUGUUGUGGAAUUCAUAACUAUUCAGACUGGGAAAAUACAGAUUGGUUCAAAGAAACCAAAAACCAGAGUGUUCCUCUCAGCUGCUGCAGAGAGACUGCCAAGAGCUGUAACGGCAGCCUGGCCAACCCCUCCGACCUCUACGCCGAGGUGAGUUUGGACUGUGGAUGUGAGGCUCUGGUUGUGAAGAAGCUACAAGAGAUCCUGAUGCAUGUUAUCUGGGCAGCACUGGCCUUUGCAGCCAUCCAGUGGAAGCCCGACUUUGCAAGAACCAAGCAGGCCAGGAACGACUGGCUUAGUAUGUAA